GGCAACGUAUAAUUGGAUGGUGUUGGCGGAGGUGGCUCUCGCAUUAAUGUGUGAUAGAGAUUGAGAGCAUCGACCAAAUCCGAACUCAAUUGUGUGAGCUGAGCAUGUCGCCUAUCUACUUUCUCCAGAGCUGCGUCUAUUAAUGGACCCAUUGCUGUAACUUGUUCUGCAAAGAAAAGAAACCAGACAACAAAUUUCAUACAUGUGAAUUGCUCGGGUUCCACGGUAAGAUCUGCUGUUACAAAAUUUGAGGGAAAUAAGCCUUCUCCUCUGUGAUUUGUCCCUUUCCACCAAUUUGGGUCUGUGUCAUCCAGAAUGUGAACUACAAUCAAGUUGAAUUAUAGACAACGCUUGGGUUGAGAUUAAAUAGCGAAUCCAACGUAUACGGAAUUCCGCACCAGGAUUGAAAGGGCCAAAUUGCGUUACAGCAGCUUUCGCAGUUCAUCCAGAAUGUAAUCCACAUUCACCUGCACCAGCGGCAGGAGCCGCAACUCUCCCUUCCACGAAUAGAGUUCCCACCACCUGUUAAUGUUGUCUCCGGAGCUGUUUUCUUUUCUUCUCUUCUUGCGGGCUGCACUGCAGGAAGAAGGAGCCGACGCCGUCGCCGUAUUCGUAAUCCGAAAGUGGUAAAACUGAGCCAACUUCUCCAAGAUCGGACAGUCUCACCCCGUCCUUCUUAGUUGCGGUGUUGAUAUCGUGAACUUGUUCCAAAAGUGAAGAGGAAUCAACGAAGCGAUCCUGCGACGACGAUCGGCGAUCAGCAAGAUGGGUAAACGGAAGAGCUGCCUCGACCGGUUGAUUUCGCGAUCCGCCCUCGUUUUCCUUGCCUUUUUAAUUCUUGGUGCGGAAACUGCGAACCCCUCAACGUCACCGUCGGGGCUACAGACGCCGGAAUUCGCAAAACUGCGACCAAGCAAUUCUCAGGUGGAACAGCAGAAGCGUCAACUGUCUCCUGCUGAACAGGCUCAGAUCCUAAGUGAUGUUCAACAACAUCAGUCAAGGUUCAAUAGAGCCAGGCAGCCCCAGCAGUUGGCCUUGCAAAAUUCGCCACCCUUCCAAAGUCUUGCAAAGUACAAAGUGGACCGUGCAAAACAACAGCAACAACUGUUGCAACAGCAGGCAUUCAUCCAGCAGCAGCAACUGAAAGGAAAUCAACAAUUGGGUCAAAACUUUUUUGAAACUGCCCAAACCCAGUAUCAACCCCAAUCGGUAGAAUUCCAACGACAGAAUCUGUUCGGUCAGGAUCCUCUUCAGCAACAGUUCAAUCAAUAUCAAAGAUUACCAGUUAACAAAUUCCAAAAUCCACAACCGCAGCUUGGCUUGAAUCAACAAAUUUUCAGUGAAGAGCAAAACAUCCAGCUGCAGAACUACUUUGAAAAGCAGAAACAACUCGAAAUCCUACAACGACAGAGGGAACAAUUAUUGGCGGAACAGCAAGAACUCAGAAGACAACAGGAAUUUUUGCGCCUUCAACAGCUUCAGCAAUUAACGACAACGACAACUACGACCACCCCAGCUCCCGUACAGACAACAUUUUCGCCCUUGCUUCUAUCCUCGCCAAGUGCAAGGAAAAUUACUCUGGCCGAAAGCGAUCUUUUCCUUAAAGCAAUCGCCAGUCAUCAAAAGAAAUUUUCUACCACAACCAGCAUUCCUCAUGUUACAACCACAACGCCAGCACCAACUACACCAAGUUCAACGACAGCUAGAUCUGUGGGAACUCGUAAUAGAAUUAUUACUGACAAACAAGAAAUACCUAAGGAUAUUUUGUCCCUCAUAGAAGCACAGGAGUCACAAAGCAGUUCCAGUCUUUUGGGAAAUGGUAAAUCCAAACCACAGAUACAGAUCAUUUAUCAGACAGAGAAACCUGCAACUCCAAACAGGCAAAAAUCUUCAUCAAAGACCAAGUCUUCUCAAACCUCUAGCCAGAGAGAUGCACUCCUCAAGCAGUUGAAACUUGCACUUCUUCAGUCCCCCGCUGAUGAUGUUGCUAAGAAUCUUUCAACCAGGGAUAUAAUUCUCCCGAAUGGAAAAACUGUUCAAGUUAUUCGUGCUCCGAAUAGUUUGCCUUCCGCGGGUUCUGACCUACCCUCAGAAUCCAUUCAGGAAUUGUUCAAGGAAAGUCAGCCAGCUACUACAAGCAUCAGACCACCGAAUGCAAUCCUUGAGGAAUUGACGAAAGGCGUUGUUCCCCCAGGCACAGAUUUUGAAAUAUUGAGACACAAGCAUGAUGGAAACUUGGAGGAGGUUGGUACAGGUCCCUUGGAGAACUCACCAGCUAAAAAGGUCACUUUUGUUGUUCUCGAAGAACAGCCAGAUGGGAGCUACAAAGUUCAAGGGGUCAAGGGUAAUGCUGAUAAAGAGAAUGGUAGCAACGUCGAAUCUAUAGUAGAAAGAAUAAAAAGUGGAGAACUCAAACUACCUCCCUCUUCAUUGAAGCCUUCGUCAGCUGCCUCUGCUAUCAGUGAAUCAAAAGAUACAAGUAAAGGAAUUUCAUCAAGUUCUAAAACUUCUGGAAUUUCUGCUGUUUCGACAAAAACUGCAACUACUAUCACAAGAGCCCCUUCCACCACAACUUUCAGACCUCGUGCUUCUCCUGAAACUGCAAGGAACAUAGAUUUCAGUAAAUCUUCCAAUGAUUACUUUCCAUUUGUCACCGUAUCCUCUGCCGGAGCAUCUGCUGAUGAGAGGUAUGUGACUGCAGCCACAACAGCAUCCAGUCACAGUUACAACUCUUUUGGAAGCACUCCAAAGUCUCAGGUCCAUCAAAAUCCAUCCUACACUUCCGUGGCUACAAAGCAUCCCAGUCCUACAAGAGGCUACUUUAUUCCAACAAUGGCUCCUGUUAGUGAAAUUGUUACUCAGUAUCAGACAACAACCACCACUCCUUCUCCAACUACGAUAUUCCCAGAAUAUUCCAGUACUGUAUUUCCCAGUCCCACCACAUAUUCCCAUUUUGGAACAAGGACUCCGGUAUUUCCUACAUCUAGAUCAGUCUCUGGCACACCAGGAGCAAAUAUUAUUUAUCAAGAAAAUUACCAAAAGGCGAACUCAGACCUUGCUUCCACCACCCAUGACACAGUGACACCAUCGACUUCCGAUUUUACUGGUGAUAAUCUUGUUCGGAUUCUAAAACGGCAGGGGCUUUACGCAAUGGCUAGAUUUCUAGGACAAUCUGGACUUGACAAUGUUCUCAACGACACUGGUCCCUACACGAUAUUCGCUCCGACCGACAAAGCCUUCAGAGCUUUAUUGGUGCAGCUUGGAGGGCCGGAGAAAGCUGAACAAAAAUUUCGAGAGAACCCACGACUUUUAAGCGGGCUUCUGUUGCACCACGUUAUUCCUGGGGCUUUUAGAAUCGAUUCGCUCCAGGAUGAGAUGACAGGUGUCAGUCUAGCUGGAACCCAACUUAGAGUGAACGUCUAUGCCAUGCAAGAUAUUGAAUGGAACGAUGUGCGGGUUCCAAUUAAUUAUAAAUACUUCAAGGUGACAACCAUCAACGGAGCCCGGGUUUUACCUGACAAACAGGAUAUUGAAAUCCCUCAGGGUAUCGCCCAUGCAGUUGACCGUGUUAUGUUUCCCUUACCCGUUGGAGAUUUGGUGCAAACUCUACAAGCAGAUCGGGAACGUCGUUUCACCAUCUUUCUCAGAGCACUGCAUGCCUCUGGUUUGGAAGAAACUCUGUCUGGCUCAAAAACUUUCACGAUAUUUGCUCCAACGGAUACUGCAUUCAUGAUCGCAUCUGCUUCUCCAAACGGAAGUCCCCCAUGGCUUGACGAUGAAGAUAAUCAAGAAGCAGCGAAAGCUAUAGUCGCAAAACAUAUCAUUCCCACAACCCUGUUUACCUCAGGUAUGAGGUAUUAUCAACAAAAGGAGACUCUCCAUUCCGACGUGCCUCUCCACAUUCAUAAAAAUUCUGGUCGGAUAAAGGUCAAUAAUGCACAGGUCAUUACUUACAACAUUCCAGCAACAAACGGAGUAAUACAUGCGAUAGAUUCAUUGGUGUAGGAAUUUUUGGUAAGCCAUUUUAGUGGACAUUCUUCUUCUUCUUCAAAAAACUGAAUUAUAUAUGAAGCAUAUUUUGCAACAAUUGAUUGCAGAAAAUGACAAAAAAAAAAGAUCCCUUAGCAUAGUAACUAAUGGAUUGAAAUAACGUUCGAUACGAUCCGUCCACCUGCGUCAGCUGCUGACUACUGUCGCUUUAAUUUAUUCGAUACCAAUUUUCUGGUUGAAUAUACCGAUAAGUUUCAUUUUAGAUUUGAAUAACUAGGUCACGGAAUCGCCGAGUGAACCAACACGAAUAUGCCAUAAGUGUUACUCAAAUCUCCAUUCAAUAAUUUUCAUCACUUGGGAAAUAUAAAUCGACAAAAAAUAUCAUAAUUAAGUUAAAUAACUUAUAAUAUUACACAGGUGCUCGUCUGCUUUCAAAAGUAAACGCUGAAUAACUAUUCAGCAAUGUGCGCCUUUGUUGAUUUAACGUGUAUAGUAGGACGUAUUAAUUUUUUUAAAAUAUAUGUACAGAACUUUUUCAAUAA